AAUGCCAGUGUGGGAAAAGAGGGAGGCGCCUGCUCCGAAAGAGAAUGAAUUAAGCGCUGCUUAGCGCAAGUCUGGAUGUCCAGCCUGCAGCUGGCAUGGGGGCUACUACUGACGGUGCAGAGAUAGGAACUCUUGACUGCGGCUGGCUGCGUGAUCUGUCGCUGGCGUGCCCUGAUUCCACUCCCAUACUCCGCUCAGCUCAGGAGGAAGCGCAGUAGCAUGGCUCCGACGCUGCUCCAGAAGCUGUUUAACAAAAGGGGCGGUGGCCGUAUUAGUAGCGGCGGCUCGACCUCUUCCCCUUUUAGACUGUCCAAGGAAUGCUCAACCUUCAGCUGGUCCUGUUCUGGGUUUGAUCUAAAUGAAAUCCGCUUGAUAGUGUAUCAAGACUGUGAGAGACGGGGCAGACAAGUCUUGUUUGAUUCUACAGCUGUCCGAAAGAUUGAUAAGACACAGUUUCAGGAUGCCUCUGGAAAAACAGGUGGCAGGUGCUGGCAAGGAAACAGUAGAGCUAACACAUCUUACCCCCCCAGUCCUUCAGUGAGCAGCAGAGAGACUGACAAAGAAGACAUUCCUAAAUAUCAGUAUGCCAGGCCAGCUUCUGAUGUCAACAUGCUGGGUGAGAUGAUGUUUGGUUCAGUAGCAAUGCGUUACAAAGGCUCUACACUGAAAAUACACUACAUACGUUCUCCCCCACAACUUAUGAUGAGUAAAGUGUUCUCUGCCAGAAUAGGCAGCUUCUUUGGAAGUACAAAUAGCUUGCAAGGUAGUUUUGAAUACAUCAAUCAAGAUCCAUCAAGGCUGAAUUUACAUCCAAAUGGUUUGGGCCAUUGUCGGAAUGGAAGUAAUCUAGCACACAGCACACCUGUUGACAUGCCCAGUCGGGGUCAGAAUGAAGACAGAGACAGUGGCAUUGCUCGAUCAGCAUCCUUGAGUAGUCUUUUGAUGACUCCAUUACCAUCUCCCAGCUCCUCUUCUACUAGUUACCAACGCCGCUGGCUUCGAAGUCAAACAACAAGCUUGGAGAAUGGCAUCAUACCUAGAAGGUCAAUUGAAGAAACGUUCAGCAUGGCAGAUGAAAGCUGUGGACUCAAUCCUGCAUUGAUUCGAAGGAAGAAAAUUGCCAUCAGCAUCAUUUUCACCCUUCCUGAGAAAGAAGAGGCCCAGAGAAAUUUCCAGGAUUUCUUCUUCUCUCAUUUCCUCUUAUUUGAAUCACAUAUGGGCAAGCUGAAAAGCGCAAUUGAAAUGGCCAUGAUCACAUGUAGAAAAAUAGCAGAAACAAACCAAAGAGUGCAAGUUUACAUUAGCCGUGUUAUGGAUGCAUUGGAUGAAUUUAGGUGAGUUACUGUUACAUCAAAUUAUAUAGGGACAGUCAAGGUAUAGAUUUGCAUUUAUUCUUAAGGUUCAUCUGGAUCACAACCCAGAUGUGGAUUUUUUUUUUUUCAUUUUUGUCCUUGUACUAACCUAUCUGAGUUUUCUGUAUGCCUAUGCUUUCUCUUUGCUACAGUUGAGUUUUUUAAAAAAAAGUUUUGUAUUUGUACAUUACAUAUAUAACCUGAGGAAUAUUAGCACCAUUAGUAAUGAGCAUAUACUUUUUUUGUAAAUAAAGAAUGUAGGAGGGGAAAAGAAAAGAAACCAUUUUAAACUUUUCUAUCAAGUAAAUGUUUAGACACCUUGUAUUCAAAGCUUUUGCCUAGUGAAAUAUGAUGUGAUAUGAUCUGAACUGUAUUCAUGUAAAUUUUGGUGGAGAUCAUUUGAAUCACCCUCCGUUGAAACUACACAUUCAUAGUGCAGAUAUUAAGGAUGAAUAUGUUUUUUCUGUUAAACUUGAUUUCUCUAACACAGUCUAUAAUAAAUAGAGAAUUCCUACUUUCAUUUGUU